ACAAUAAAUAAAUAAAUACAUAAAACACCACUCUCUUUGUUUAACACUCUCUCCUUUUCCUCGCCCUCUAUAGCUAGCAUUUCCAAUUUCAUUUGUCUCAAUAAAGAGAAGCAUUAUGCUUUUAUGGAGCAUUUCAUUUCACAAAUGAAUUGAAGUAAUAGAUCUCAUAUAUCUAACAUGGCUCAACAACACUAUAACCCAAUAUUACUUUUGGAUACGUUGUACUGUUCAGAAGAACAUUGGGAGGAACAAGAUGAGUUAGAGUACGAUAAUGUUUCCUUAAACAACACAACAAUAAACACCACUACUUGUUCUUUGUUAGAAACCGACAUGUUUUGGGAGGAUGAAGAACUAAAAUCACUUCUCAACAAAGAACAACAAAACCCACUUUACAUCUUUCUUCAAACCAACCCUGUUUUGGAAACUGCUCGAAGAGAAUCUAUUGAAUGGAUUCUCAAAGUGAAUGCUCAUUACUCUUUCUCAGCUCUUACUUCCGUUCUUGCUGUCAACUACCUUGAUAGGUUUCUAUUCAGCUUUCGUUUUCAGAAUGAGAAGCCAUGGAUGACUCAGCUUGCAGCUGUUGCUUGUCUUUCUCUUGCUGCUAAAAUGGAAGAGACCCAUGUUCCUCUUUUGCUAGAUCUUCAAGUUGAAGAGAGUAGAUACUUGUUUGAAGCAAAAACGAUUAAAAAGAUGGAAAUUUUGAUACUUUCAACUCUUGGAUGGAAGAUGAAUCCAGCAACACCUCUUUCUUUUAUUGAUUUUAUCAUAAGAAGACUUGGAUUGAAAGACCAUCUAAUUUGUUGGGAGUUUCUUAAGAGAUGUGAAGGUGUUCUUCUCUCUGUCAUUAGAUCAGAUUCUAAGUUUAUGAGUUAUCUACCUUCUGUUUUGGCAACUGCUACAAUGGUUCAUGUUUUCAACAGCGUUGAGCCUAGUUUAGGAGAUGAAUAUCAAACCCAGCUUCUUGGUAUUCUUGGAAUCAACAAAGACAAGGUGGAUGAAUGUGGGAAGCUAUUGUUGAAACUGUGGUCAGGGUAUGAAGAGGGGAAUGAAUGCAACAAACGCAAGUUUGGGUCAAUUCCAAGUAGUCCAAAAGGUGUAAUGGAAAUGUCGUUUAGCUGUGAUAAUUCCAAUGAUUCAUGGGCUAUUAUAGCAGCUUCAGUAUCAUCUUCACCAGAGCCUUUGUCCAAGAAGAUCAGAACACAAGACCAGUUUCUAUUAAAUUAAACUCUUGAUAGUUAAUUCCCCUUUCAUUAUGCAAAAAAAGAAAGAAAAAUAUUUAUUAGUCUUUUGAUCAAGUAUCUUUCUUUUUUGAGGGACAAGGUUAAAUUGCUGAUGACUAUCCAUGAAAUCCUGAGAUGGGCCUAUAGGACCACAGCAGAUAUCGUUGGCAUUUUAUGAGGAAUUAAUAUAGUAAUAAAAUAUUAAUAAUUAUAUAAAUAUAUAAAAUGACCAUAUAUCAAUGAGUGUAUUUAUUAUUAUUAUCUUGUACUUCAUCCAAAUAAUUUAAAUCCACUUCCACUUUA